GGGCAUGGGCUCCCACAUCACACAGGGCUUUUAGAAAAGCAUCUCGUAAAGAAGAGAGGAGGAUGCAUUGCUGCUGCAGUCCAGUGCAAAUGCCUGAGAGCUCCCUACCAGCCCAGAGGCACAUGAAGUACAAGGACCCUGUUUCAUCCUGCUCCCGUUGCUGCAGCAUGGAGCCCGCAGCCCCUGCACCUCUCCCCCACACAGACCAAGCUCUUGCUCCUCAGCAUCCACUUGCUUUGAUUCAGCAAUGCCAGGGAGCCUGGAAAUCGCACCAGGCUUGAAAAAACUCGGGGACUUUGCAGAAUUAAUUGCAGUUUUGGGAUUUUCCCAUUCUAAACCCGACUGACUCAGCAAAAUGCCUACUUCAGUUCCAGAACUGUGGAACUGCAUCCCGGAAGAAAUCCUCAUCCAAAUUUUCUAUUAUCUUUCUCUUCGAGAUAGAUACACAGUCUUCCAGGUGUGCAGGCAGUGGGCUACAGCUGUUUCUUCUAGCUCUGUUUGGCAUUUCACAGAGAUCAGCUGUGAUUCAGAGGAUGAGGAAGGCAUGCUGCAGAGCCUGCUCUGGUUCCUCAGCCAAAUCAAACACCUGAAGAUCGUGUUUGACCAGUCCAAGGAGGUCAACCGGAAGAACGUGACACGCAUCUUGGAUGUGUUGGCAAAAGAGAACCACAAACUGCAGCAGCUGUGCAUUGUGUGCCGUGGGGAGAACCCCUAUUUCUACUCUGGCCAGGACAUCCUACAGAGCAUACGGAAUAUAUGCGACACUAAAAACCAGAUAGAUCUUCAGCAUAUCGAUUUUCGAAAAAUGCCCUUCACUCUUGACGAUGAGCUUGUUGAACUCUUAGCUACCACCAACCCAAACUUGCAGAGUUUGUUCAUCAACAACCGCACCCUGGUAUGCAAUGUGGCACCAGACACCAUCAGGAAAGUUCUCAGAGCAUGUCCCAAACUCUCAGCCUUGGGGGUCUACUACGCCAGCUUGUCUGACGAUGUGUUUCAGGAACUGCUCAAGCCCGAAAGGGCAGCUUUCACCCACUUAGAUGUUUUCUGUGAGCGCCUGGACAAAUACGUACCAGUCAUUUCAGAAGAGCUCUGGGCUGCUGUAAGUCAAAAGCAUCCUCAACUCUGUGUAGACCUAGAGUUCGAUCAUACGGUCCCUGCCUGCAAAAUACCACGGAUCCUAAAGCUGAAUAUACCUGUGAGCACACUGCAGCUUAAUACCUAUAACUACAUGGUAAAUCAGAUUAGGUUUGUCACCCAGAGCUACAGCAGCACUUUAAAGAAGCUGACGCUGCAAACCACGUCCUCGGAGGACUUAAAUUCCUCGCUAGUAGAUCUGGCCAGGCAGUGCAGAAAUCUGUUGGAGAUCCACUGCUACUGUGUGGUCAGCCAGGAGGUGGUAGAAGCGUUCCUCAGGCACUGCCCCAGCCUGAAACAAUACACUCUGAAGGUCACCAAGGAACGGCACCCCUGGAAACCAGUAACAGUUCAGUGACCAGCUCCUCCUUACUUCCUGGGGAAAUCAUGGGGAUCUGCAAGAAGAUUUAGGGCUAUAAGGAAGACGCUGCAAAAUGCCCUCUGUGCUCGCUGGGAACAGGCUGUUUCACCAGCACUGGCUGUUACAUAUGAUGCAUGCCCAUUCUGCAGCCCAAGCACUUACACUCAAAUGUGAUAGUGAAAGGGUCCUACGGAGAAAUAGAAUUGCCCUUUAUUUUCUUUUUCUCUUUCUUUCUUUCGGUUAUGGAGGGCAGGUUUUUUCUUCUCUGCUGCUUUAUUUAGCAGUAGCAGGAAUACCAAGUUUACCCCUUCUGGGUUUGACCUCAGCAAAAUUUAGUUUUGAUUUUGCAAUUUUAAAGCACAUCAAAGCCAAGCGCACUGUGUCAGGUGCCCAGCAACUACUUAAAUAGUUAAGGAAGUGGCAGCUUCAAUGCAGGCAUUUUCUGCCCAGUGGGGUGUUAGCCAUGCAGAUUCAGUGAGCUAUAGACAGGAACUGUGGUCAUCUGAUGGAAUAUCUGCUCUAACCUUGAUAAUUCCUCUUUUGGCAGAUGGUGAGCUCACCCAUUAUCCAGUUGUCAGGUAGAUUCCAGCUUGAAUGGAUAUACCAGGAGCUGAAUUAUAUUAGGAAAUACAAGCAGGAGAAAAAGCACCUAAGGAAAAACAUUGACAAGGCAGUAAUAAAAGGCAAAGGCACAUGGCCUGCAAGCUCCCUAGUCCAUCUUGUCCUUCUGUUGCUCAGGAACACAGAUUUCCAGGUUAUAAUUCGAAUGCCUUUUGCAAAGACCUUUGCUUUCAUCACGUUGUUAGUAUAUCUUGGGAGAAUCAUGAGUGUUAACUGUUUUUGCAUCUGGUACCUGUAUUCACAUGCAAGUUAUCUUGCAUCUGAAUUAGGUUAUGUGUGUGUUGGUCUGUUGUACCAAAGAUUUUGGUGACUGUUAUUUGAAGAGCAGUUUCUGAGUUGGAAUGAUCCUGGCAUAAAGCUACACUGUGCGCACCUAUUUAGAGCU